AAAACUACAUUUCCCAGACUGCUAAGCAGCCCAGCGAUUUAGCACGUGACUAAAGCUGUAGUUCCUGAUCGUGGCCGCCAGCUGGUCACGUGAGAAAGGGGAACCAUGGCUGCCUUGGAUCCAGAGAUGUUUGCAGCGCUUCAGAUCUUGCUAAAAGCUUCUUCAAAGGAUGUUGUUCGGCAGUUGUGCCAAGAAUGUUUUUCUCAUUCAGCCAGUGGUUCGGACAAACUGGUUGAGAGUGUUUGUUCCAAUCUCUCUGUUGCACCAAAUGAAGCAAACCAGUUAAUUCAUUCCUUGCACAACCUUACGAGAUACACAGUUUACCAUGGUCUGAUGUGUCCUGAAGAAAUUCUUUCUCUUUUUCCUGAAGGAUUUCACCAGAACCUUAAAAACCUCUUGACCAAGAUAAUCCUGGAAAAUAUUUCUACUUGGAGAAAUGAAGCCCAAAGUAGUCAGAUUUCUUUGCCCCGUCUUGUGGAUAUGGAUUGGAGAGUGGACAUCAAGACCUCCUCAGACAGUAUCAGCAGAAUGGCUGUCCCUACCUGCCUGCUACAGUUGAAGAUUAAGGAAGAUGCUGCCCUGUGUGGGAAUGACUUCUCGACUUCGACUUUAACAGUAGAAUUGAACAAACAAACAUUGGAUACUAUGCUAGAUGGCCUGGGAAGGAUUCGGGACCAGCUUUCUACAAUAGCAAAUAAAUAAUCCUUUGGCAAAAGAACUGCAGCCACCAUUUACAUGCCAAAAGAAACUGUCCUGUCUUCCCAAUGUGGGCAUGAUAUAUUACAAACAUUUUUGUUGUUUUUGUCCCCAAGUUUAAAGUGGGACUUUUAUUUCCUUCAGAAGCAAAACAUUUAACUUCUUGGUUUGAUGCCUGAAAUAAGUUCCUAAUGUCAAGUAAGCCCCCAUCUUUUCUAUAUUCCUGGAGAGGUUUAUAGCCCAACCUAAUCCAAAUACCUGUAAAAGGAAAGAGCAGUAACCAAUGAAGCAGCAUCUUAUCUCCCUGCUCUGAAAUUAGGAAACUGAAAGCAUGAAUGUGGCGAAUAGGCUGACUUCCAGCCUUGACACACUUCUGAAAGGUGUUGCGCUCAGCAGCAUGGUGUAGAAGAGUUUUCCUCUUCACUGAGGCAGAUCUUUUAAAAUAAAGCAAUUGUGAUGCAGUGUAUUUUCUCAGAGCUUGCCACAAAACUGCCUUGUGUGAACCUAGUUUUAAGUUUAAGGGUGGAAAUGAAUUUUGGAAACAUUCGCUCCUAGCUUCUAUUGGAAAAGAGACCGUUUUGUCACUUGGUACAGGAUUUAACAAGAAGUGGAAGGUUCUGCGAGAGGUUUGGAUGUACCAAAAAGGUUGCUAAUAGCAACCUGUUCCUGUAGCAACAAUGUCACUGCAUUGCUUAUGAAAUAUUAAGUGUUUCAGUUUCUUUCUUUCUUUUUUCUUUUUUUUUAAAAUACAUUUUGUAGUUUUCUUUUCUGAAUAAAUUAUUUUCCCCUCCAGGCUGCUAUGAAAUAGGAGCACUCUGUUUUCUUUGUUUGGCUGGAAAUUAAAUUUUGCAGUGCUUUCUUUCACUACUUUCAAAUAGCUUGUUUUGGGUUGAAAUCUUUUCCCUUUUUCCUCCUUGGAUAUUUAUGGUACACGUGGCUCUCUUUUCCUUGUCCUUCUGACUGCUGAUUUUACUUCAUCUUCCCAAACACUCGUUUAUAGUGUUACAUAGUGUAGGGAUAGGAAAUGUGGCAAUCAGGACGAUGUACACUGUAGCUCCUAUCAUCCUCUGCUAUUGUCUGUACUAGCUAGUGCUGAUGGGAACUGCAGUCCAACAUAGGAAAAGGCACACAAUCUUCACCUUUAACCUAGCAGAGAUCAACAAUGUCCAGCAGUCCACAGGAUGCAGUUGCCUUGUCUAGGGAUUUUGAGGGCACAACUUCGCUUGACAUCCCUUAAAUUUGCUUUUUUAACUUCAAAAGGUCCUUCAUAUGCUCUGAGAUGCACCAGUGACAAUUUUGCCACAUCCCUGCCUGUGCCCUCCAAAGGAGGUUUGUCAAAACUGGAAGGGACUUCUAUGCUGGGGUAAAGUAAAAUAUAACAAAUAUAUACAAAUAUAACGUUGGCAAAGUGCGUUAAAGCACUGAGCUGCAGACCAAAAGGUCCCAGGUUCAAGCCCCGGGAGCGGUGGGAACGGCCACUGUUAGCUCCAGCUCCUGCCAACCUAGCAGGUCGAAAACAUGCCAAUGUGAGUAGAUCAAUAGGUACCGCUCCGGCGGGAAGGUAACGGCGCUCCAUGCAUUCAUGCCGGCCACAUGACCUUGCAGGUGUCUACGGACAAUGCCGGCUCUUCGGCUUAGAAAUGGAGAUGAGCACCACACCCCAGAGUCAGACAUGACUGGACUUAACGUCAGGGGAAACCUUUACCUUUUUAAAGUAAAAAUAAAAUAGAAGUCAUUCCCAGGGUAGAAGUGCCCACCACUUCCUAAAGGGUACAUAAGGACUUCUAUUAAAUCAAUGAAAACCCUUAGAGCAGCAGUGGGUCACAGGGAGACCAUAUAUCUUAUAUUUCAUAUUAUGCCCACCCUUGUAAUAAAGCGUGAUACAUCCAGAUAGCCAAAUACAGUGUUCGGGAGUUUGCACUCCAAUUUAACAUGCCCUUAGUAGAACAUGAUCUCACUCAUUUUAGUGGAAAUUCUUUCCAUAUAAGAUUGCUUGUAUAUGCACAGCUCCACAAAAAGUUUUUAAAUUGCUAAUAAUAAAGACAAAUUAGCAGAUUGGCAUGGGCCCAAUUCAGUAUUUAUAGCACUCGGUUCAAAAAUGAACUGCCUCCCAACUCUUUUUAAAUUUUGUAGUCACAACGUCAUUACUUGACCUCAGAUUUAAUCCUCAUCAUGACAAUUUUCAACCCAAUACAGAACAUUGUUGUCCUUCUGAAAGUAAAGUGAACUACUACAAAAUCUUCCUGCUUUCCCAGCCUUUCAUGUGCAUUCUAUAUCUACAUUCAUAAUCACUGGGUUGCUGCUGACAUUGUCGAUUUACCUCCUUGCCCUGUUUCUGGAAAAUGUUUGCCAUAAGUCAGUUUCUGGAUUUUGCCAUUUCUGGCAUUCAAGAAUGGAAAGGAUACAGUAUAUGCAGUAUAUUUUAGGAACACAGGAAGCUCCAUUUCAGAAGAUGGUGCAAAGUAGUUUUUCUGCUGCUGCAGAGAUUAGACCAUAAAGCAAUGCAUUUAAAUUCUAAAAAAAAAAAAAAAAAGAUUCUGUCUAAAUGUUAGAACUUAACUUUCUAAAUGUAAAAGUUGUCCUAAUAGACUAGUGUGGGAUGCUAUCUGCUUUCUUUCUGUGGAGGUUUGUAAACAGAAGUUGACUAAUCCUCUCUCAGAAUUUGCUUUAGUUGUGUAUUCCUCCAUGGCACAGAUAGACUAGAUGACCCUUGCAGUCCCUUUCAACUCGGUGAUGCUUUCCCCCUGCAUUGCCCUAACAAAACUAUCCUGAGCCCUGUGAAAAUAGUUUUUGUUUGUUUAAAGGUAUUUAUGCAGUUUCAUGAAAGGUGAAUAAAAGUACAGACAAGUGAAUGAAUUAAGCCCAAGGUGAAUUAAAAUAUUGUGAUUUGGCAUGUUA